AUGUCCCAUUUUGUUCUGGACAUAGUUCCGGUCUCUAACUCCACAAGUAACAAUUAUAAAAUGUACGGAGCCGACAAGGGUCUUGUUCGCAUCGCUUGGGCCUUUCUCAGGCCUUUGGGCGCAAACGGGCAUCAGAAUACAGGGCCGCAGAAGCAACGUCUUCAAUUGCUUGAAGUUGUCUCACCAAAUCACAUUUCAACUAGCCUGAAUCAAAAUGCAUUAUCGUUUCCCCAGGAAAAACUACUCCUUCCAACUUUUGACAAGGCACACGAUGGACAUGGCCGAGCGGGAAAGUUAAUCUCAAUAGAUGCACCCUCUCUGGUAUUAGACCAUGCUGGUUUGGCGGCCAACAGUAUAGAAGCGGGUGGCCAAUUGAUGGCCUGGUGGGCAUCUGGAUCCAGCUUUAGGACUCUUUACCCUUCUACAAUUUAUGUCACCGUAAAACCAGUAGGCAUGCCAAAGGCAGACCUGAUGCCAAGCAAUAUAAGCUCUUUUAUUCCAAAUCACAAGUCAUAA